AUGGAUCCCAGAGACAAGCUCUUCGCCGUAUUCGGGCUUGUUUCCUGCGCCGAUGCCGAUGGCAUUGUAGCAUGUUACACUAAAUCAACCGAGGAGUACGGCAUUCAAGCAAGAAAUGGUAAUCAUCAACGUGAUGUGCCACCAUGGGCAUUUGCGAGGUUGGACAUAGAUUCCGACGGCGGCAACAAGUCGUGCGGCCAGUAUACGUUUGACUUCGAUGAGCCACGACGGUACUCCCGGUACCUCGACCUUCAGGUAUACCUCAUACGCGAGCCCGAUGAGUACAAAGACUAUUCUUUCGAGGAAGCGGGCAGCGUGUCUGUCCAUGUUGACGCGUCAUCGUGUAUGUGGGAUCAUGACGGCUGCGCAGGGCGAAAGAGUAUUAGGCGUUUCAACAAAUAUGCACUUUGCGGCCGAGAUCGGGGGUAUGGCGAUGUUCGAGCAGAAGGGUUGUUGCACAUGGACGGGCUCGCUCACGAAGGCGUAUGGAAGUCUGGCCCCUUUGAAGCCAUUGACUUGGUCGGCGAGGACACAGCCCCAUAUCCAGGUCUCGGUGCAAGCCGACAACUGGAAUUUUUCCACCGCCAGUCAGCCUAG